AUGACGGCCUUGAAAAAACAGGAGAAACAGCUUGAAGUAUUCAAGAGAGUUUUUAAAGGGAUACACAACAAGGGUACUCUACAACAAAAAGGAGAAAUGAAAACAAAACCAAAGCUGCUACUAAGAAGCGAAACCGUUUUCAGAAAAAAUAUCCAAAGGGUAUAUAACCUAUGCGUCAAAUGCCCAAUUCCAGAUCUGAAGGAAUUUCUCACCUAUCCACCCAAUGUCAUUGUCCCCAAACAUUUUAUAGAUGUGGAAAGUGCUUCCUCCGAACUAUUUACAAGAGACGCUCAAUGUGCAGCGGAUUUGCUGCAACAACCGUAUGGUAGCAAUGGAGCAGCAAGCCUUUGUAACAAACAAUCUCCCCGGCAAAGGCUCAGGAAAAAGUUUUUGCUGUCCUUAGGUCUGAAGAAUGUUUUAAUGGUGGUG